AAGCGUUCGACGUGCAACAGACUGGAGACGGUGAGAGAAAAGCAAGCAAAAAGAGGAUGUCAGAAGCUAGCUAAGCUCUCACGUCGCGUCAGUCGGUCAGGAUGUUCCCAUGCCGCGCGCGAGCCAGGUGAACAGAUGUUUCAAGUUGUUUUCAUGGGAAGUUCUGUUUCGUUUCAAGUUUCAAGGAAUUCAUACCCCCAGGUUCCCUUGACAGCGCCCGAUCAGGCAGGUUAGGGCUAGGGCUGGGAUGAAUCACGCGUUUUUAACGUCUUGCUCCCCGUCGCUGGUCAACCAACCAACUGUCCUCAACGCCGGCUUCUGCAGCAGACGCGCUGGUCUCUUGACACUUUGGGGGUCAUGGGCGUCUUCCAAGGCUUUAAGGGUCUGGUAGCGCCGUCCCAACUGGCAGAGCACAGUUGGUGAGACGUCGAUGGAACCAGUCAGCGUGCUUGCCGCUGUGAUCUCGCUGGCUUUGUCGCCCGGCACUUGCAGCAACACAGGCAAAUCAUGACCGCAACGGGCCAACACUGGGGCAUAACUGGACAACGGGAACUGAAUAAUUAGAGUCCCCUUCGUGGGCGCCAACUGGAAGUCUGGAACUGCAGAAAAGGACCCCCCAUUUUGCAUUCUGUUGCCCAGUAUUUGGACACAACUUGGGCAUCCCAUCCCACCACUGUCACCACCCAAUGGGCAUCGCAGUCCGCCGCCUUGUCCCAACUUUUCUCCCAGUUUCCUUCUCACCCCCCCCCCCCCUCCCCCCGGGCACUGGAAAUAGAACACUGCGAAACAAUCGCGGCGCGUCUCUCCCUCUUUCUCUGGUCUCUUUCUGGUCUCUUUUCGCCUGCUUCUAUUCUGUCUGUUCUCUGCCCUUUCUUGUCCAAGUUUUGCUUGUCCGUCCCCACCUCAACCUCUGCUCUGGCGCUUGGAGAUUGCUCCAGUCUCAACAACCGCCGUGUUGCCGGAAAUAGCUUCGAUAUGCUGCCAAAUAUAACAGCUCCCUCAAUAAUAAUUCAUUAUUCAGUAACUAUGCAGCUCAUAAUAGCUUAUCGCGAUCAACCUGAUACACGAAGCUUCUUCCCUUUUGCCCCUCCCUUCGCGUUACGCCAUCCCCAUCCCCAUCCCCCUUGCCGCCCCGCCCUCCAAUACCUUCCCCCCUGCGCGUCCUUGUUCCUCAGGACCCGCGCGAGCUCUCCCCACUGGAAUGGCCGAAAAAGAAAAUAUGACAUUCCCAAACAAACCCCUUAGGCGCGAUGCGAUGCCUGUCGUUUUAUUUUAUUUUUAUCUUCCUCUUUUAGAACUAUGUUUCCUAUUAUGGAUUUUUUGACGCCAUGUAGCUUUGUUUCAUGUUGCUUCAUCUGGAUUGCUUCUGUGCGAUAUGAUGGAUGCGUUUACUCCCUUGUCGCGACACGUCUGUUUGAGAGAGGAUUUAAUACCCAACCCAAUCCUCUCUCCAACCUCUUCUAAAGAAAUAUUCAAUCAGUCAUUCAAUAAUGAUCAAUCAAUCCUUCUUUUAAUUGUCUCGACUAUCUUGAGCUCGACAUUUGUUCUUGCUGCUUAUUGGCUUUUCCUUUCUUUAGCCUCUCCUCAUUCUAUACCUCUACUAUAUCCUGUUCCCAAUGUGCUCCUCAAGUUAAAUAUAUACCAAUUUAAAACUUGAGCUCCUUGCUUGUUUCGUCUUUGCUUGCGAGGAACAUCUCCUGCAGUUUUACUCCGCUCAGGGCAAGCAAGUUUUGUUGUAUCAACUUGAUCCCCUUUUUUUUCGCAUAGAAAAUAAUGUCGUCGGAACUAUAUUACCUCAGGCCAUCAACGCCUCCCCCUAUGAUGACCACUAGUCAAUAUGCUGGUAAUCAUCAUACACAUGCCCGUGCAGACUCGAGUUCCUCUAAUAACUCGUCGCCGGAUUCUGCUGGCACCAACCUCACUACUCCGAGUUUGUCACCGGUCAUCCGCCAGCAUGGACCGGCUCUCCUCCCAAAGAUCAGACCUCAGGAUCUUGUGGUUGAACCGGUAUCCUCGAGUGGACCCAUUCGUCACCGCAAGGGCCAGUCCACUGUCCGCAAAUCCAACGCGUACUCACCCUACCCAGCUAGUCGAUCUCAGAUGCGUGGAUCUUUGACCUCGCCAAUCGACUGCUCCCUUAUCUCGCCGAUUUCGACUUCUUCUAUGCUGGGCCAUCGGGCCCCUUCAACAACUCUCUCUUCACCAGUAACUCUGACCCCAUCUCAUACACGGCUUGCAGGUGGACAUUCUCGUUCAACAUCCACUAGCAGCAUUGAUGAGGCAACUUGGGCCCGCUAUGGAUACCCAACCUACCGACAGUACCCAAGAUAUGUGACCCAAUGCAGCCCGACAACUCCAGUUUCAGCAACAUCCUUUCUAUUCUCAUCUUAUCUACCGCUGAAUGAACCAGUUACUCACCCAGAGCCAUCCCCAUUGCUCCAGCCUGCCUACUAUGCUGAAACUCCAGUUACAACCCUGGGUCCACCGAUCCCUGCUGCCACCGUGACUACUCCCCCUUACUCAGACUCUGAUGACCUGGAGCUUUCCACCACACUCCUUAAAUACCUAACAGAACCAACGCAGGCCAUCAACCUAGUGCAGCAUGUAAGAGUGCCCGUGGGCCGUGGACAGCAACAUCAUUUCUGGUGGGAUAUCCGAAACCUGCGAAGUUGGUCCAGCUUCUCUCUAUCUACAAUCCACUCUAUCCCAAAAUUGACCGCGCUCCUCACCACCCAAGUCUCCCAAGACCACCAUCCAUUAUCAACUGUCACCCCAUCGCGCCUCUCCCCCAGCUCUGAAGGGGCUCUGUCCGAGUUAAUCCGCGACAUCUACGCCCCACGCGUAAACGCCGCCAUUCAAACCUCCAUCGGCAACGGUCUGUUCCUCAGACCAACAGCAGAAGCCUUCCUCACAGGAAACCGCAGCAACAGCGGCCCCCACUUUAUCGCCAACUAUGCCACAGACAUCCAACGCACAGCUUCUGGCAGCCAACGCGGCCGCCUCGUCGGCCUGGUGAAGAGCUUCAACUGCUGGAACAGCGGGAUGCGCCAGGAACCACCGCACAAGCGUGUCGAGUACCUGAAUGGCCUCGCACACCUCCAACGCUGCAUGCGCGAGCACUCUUGUCGCUACGGCUUCAUUAUUACUGAAAUUGAGCUCGUCUGCGUCCGCGCAGGUUGCGACGAUUCCACCGACAUACCCUACUUCGGCUAUCUGCAAGUCGCCCCGCCAAUAAUGACAAACCUUUCAUCGGAAUCUUAUUGCCCACCCACCCACCAACAACAACAACCAUCAAUGACUCGCUCCCACUCCCAUCGCUCCUCCUCCGCCCAAUCAUCUGACUACUCCCCAACUCCCUCCCGCUCACCCACCCCACCAUCCUCCUUCUCGUCCUUCUCCUCAGCUUCCUCGUCCUCCUCAACCCCUCUCACCGCAACCCUAGCUCUCUACUAUCUUGUCCUCCUCUCCAAAGCCGAAGCCCUCCCCUCCCAACCCCACGGCUACCUCAACGUCGGCGGCCACGGCACCCUCACCCGCCAACACGUCCUGCCAGAGGGGAAAGACAAAUGGAUCCCAGAGCCACAGACCGGGGAGAAGCGCGAUGCGAAGAGGGUGCGCGGGUGGGUGUGGCCGCAGGAUCCGUGGCAUCGGCGGGAGGGAGGUGGGGUAGUAGGGAGUCGGGCGAAAGCCCAUCAGCAGAAUGGUGGCGUGAAGGGAGGGGUGGGAAAGGGGAAGAAAUGGCAUAAAUAGUGGUUUCCAUGUGUGAUGAGUAAUGAAGUAAUGUAUGAUUGGGGCGUUUUGCUUUUUAUUUUAUUUUUUACUAGGUUUUUGGUAUUUGUGAUCGGUUUGUUUGAUACUUACUUAAUUGGGGGGAAAUGGGGUCUUUUUUUUCUCUUCUUUCUUUUCUAUACAUGUACAUAUUUAGGAUCACUUCUUGGUGUUUGGUGUUGAUGUGUUUUAUAUAUUUCCCUAGUUUAUUUUUAUGUUUCUGUUCUUUCAAUUUUUUCGCUUCUUGCCUUCUGUUUUAUCUUUUAUUUUCCUUCUAUAAACUACCCGUUUCUCAUGGUUCAUUUCUUAUAGUUUUCUUCUCGUCCGUCUUAGAUGUCUGUCACCACCAUAACCACCAAUCAAUUGAGUGAUGGGUGAUAUAUGUUUAUUUUCAUCUUUUAUUAUACAUUUUCUUCUCUGUUGAAGGACACUGGGGCAAAAGAGCUCAAUAACCACCAGCUUUAUACUGGUAGUUAAGGGGCCGAACCAUUCUAUUCAACAUUCAACAUCUGUUUUAUUAUCUCUUCAUUAAUCUCUCUGGCAUAUUCUUCCAUUACUUUAGACCAUUGUAUUGUACUGUACAUUACAUACAUAGGCCCUGUUCCUAGAAAAUACAUUUGUUUAUUACUCCUAUA